AUGGAAAGCUUCUAUAAUUUGCCGAGCGAGUGUCUUCGCGAGAUAUUUUCAUGUCUGGAGAAUGAAUACUCGACCCUUUAUAAUUGCCUGUUCGUCAGCCGUACCUGGUGUCGACAAGUGGUCUCCAUAUUGUGGCGUAACCCUUUUCGACACAAAACUUUUCGGCCAAGUCCUUUUUUCAAACAAAACAACAAUUCGUAUUCUCUGUGUACGACUUAUCUUUCUGCGUUAAAUGAAGAAGAAAAAAAGAUAUUACAUCCGUAUGACAGUCGUCAUAACCUCCCACCCCCAUUAUUCCAAUAUUCAUCAUACCUAGAGAAAUUCUCGUUUGAGAACAUUGAGGCCAUAGCGGAAAGUUGGAUUAAACACGAGGAAGCAUUUGAAAUACCGCACGACGAAUGCUGCAACAGGAUCAAGUUGAUCAUGGCCGCCAUUCUUCAGUUGUUUUUGAGGACCAGCUGCCCAAAGGACGUUAGGGUCUCUUACGGAUAUCGCUCCUAUGAUAUUCUAGGAGGCAUCCCAUUCUCCUCCUAUCAACCCGGAUUCUCACGGUUAAUAAAUCUGGCGGUCGGUGUGACCGGUUUUCACCCGACCCCAAAUCUCAUAGAGUUGCUGAAAAUUCUUCCAAAACUGUCCACCAAUCUUAAGGGAUUGGAAUUUGUCUUCGACGAAGACCUCUAUCAAGAACAGUCGGUCAUCGACCUAUUGAUCGACAUCAUGACCGCACAGUCUAACCUGAAAAAAAUCUCUUUGGAAAUCUCUAGUGAUUUUUACUCACCCACGACGAAAAAGUUUAUAUCGGCGUUGAAUUGUCAGAAGGAAUCGCUAACUUCGCUCUCCCUGUACAACGUCGACUUCUCGAGUGUAAGUUUGAAUGGAAUUGCGGAAUGUACGCUGUUGGAAUCCAUGGAAAUCUACUAUUGCCGUGGAGCCAAGAACCAUUCUUGUGCGAAAUUUUUGCAGUCACCGAUUCAGCUCAAGAGUUUGGCGUUCGACGGAAAUGAUUUCAAGGACGUCACACUCAUACCCGCGUUCGUCGAGAAGGCGGGAAAAACGCUGGUGUGUCUGAGUAUUGACAAUUUGUCGGAUGAGACGAUAAAAACAUUGAUGAAGUGCUGCCCCAACUUAACCGACUUCACUCUGCUAUGCAAUGACCAGGAGCUCGAUGCAUUUCUGGAUUAUCUCAAAGGGUCGAAUAUAAGUAAAUUGACUGUCGACUCUUCGGAAAUUUGUGAUUCGACCGAGUUGUUGGAAGUAUUGGGUGAUUACAUUCCUCGUAAUUUGGAGAAGAUAAACCUUUUCAGCUCCUUUAGUCCGGAUUCUUUUGAAAGAUUCCUGUCUGAUUAUUACAAAUCGACAUCCAAGUCAUUGAGGACUCUAUGCAUCAAGGAUGUCACAGGCGAUAAUUAUCCGAAAUAUCUCAAGGCAAUUGAAUCCCACGCGGUUUUUGGAACCACGUUGAAAACCGUGUUGAUAUCAUCCACGGUUGAGAUAACGGAGGAGAUAUCAAUCCUUCUACGAAAUAUUAAACGAUUGAGAAUUAAUGCUUCUUUUGUGGAAGAUUUUUAG